UGUCAUUUUUUGUCCGGGAAAUUAGUUUAUUGUUGCAAUUUCGAUAAAAUUAUUACUGAAAAUUCGUGUUUUUCGUUGUUUUAUUUGUCCUAUUAAGCCAUGGAGGACCCGCUUGCACUGAAAUCCAACGAAAAUAAGCCCGCGGGGAAUUGUUAUUGCGGCAAAGACAGGAAUCUCAACAUAAUCGAACUUUUGUGUGCUGCUUGCAAUAGUUGGUUCCAUGAGAGUUGCAUCAAUUAUCAGUUUGGCAAAACGCUCGCAUUCUCCAUGAAUUAUGUCUUUUUCUGCAAAAAUUGUUCGAGCACGGGACUUGAGAGCUUCCGACGGAUUCAGGCGACGCUGACACAAAUGUGCGUCACGACAAUCGCGAAUUUGCAGCAUGCGGCGAAGAAGGAGGGCAAGCCAAAACUGCUUUUUAGCAAAGAUAAGGAAAUUGUGCCAUUUAUUGAGCAGUAUUGGGAGUCGAUGACGACGAUGCCGCGACGCAUAACGCAAAGUUGGUAUGCGACAGUGCAGAAAACUUUGCUGAAAGAUGUCAAUGUUGUCUUUAGUUACGAGGAAAAUUCGGAGGAUGGGCAAAUGUAUGGCUUAGUUAAUGUUGAUCUCACGCACAUUAAACCGAAUUAUGAUGCGCAAACGGUUAAAGAUGGGCUGGCAGCAAGUCAAAAUUUAUCGAAAGUUGGACGACAACCGAAGCGGAAAUUCGCUGGAGGAGACUUUCCGCCCGGCAAAAAGGGUCGUUUGGGAGGCGAUUCGAAUGUUAUUGUCAAAUUACCUGCGCACGGAUACCCUUUGGAGCAUCCCUUUAACAAAGACGGGUAUCGUUACAUCCUCGCUGAGCCAGAUCCGCAUGCGCCCUUCAGACAAGAGUUCGACGAAAGCGCAGAUUGGGCAGGAAAACCCAUUCCCGGAUGGCUUUAUCGCGUUUUAGCACCGAGUGCAGUACUUUUGGCACUUCAUGACAGAGCACCGCAGUUGAAAAUCUCCGAAGAUCGACUUCAAUUGACGGGCGACAAGGGUUAUUGUAUGACACGAGCGACGCAUUAUGUUUCACGCGGCACAUGGUAUUACGAAGUGACGAUAGAAGACAUGCCAGAGGGAUCUGCGACGCGAAUUGGAUGGGGACAGGAAUAUGCGAACCUUCAAGCACCUUUGGGAUAUGAUAAAUUCGGGUAUUCGUGGCGAUCGCGAAAGGGAACGAAGUUUCAUGAGUCACAUGGGAAGCAUUUCGCAGCAGAAGGGUAUGGAGAAGGAGAUACACUCGGGUUUUUGAUCGUUUUGCCGGAUCCUGAUGUGGGAAAACAUAUUCCGAACACUUAUAAAGAUAGGCCUUUGGUAAAAUUCAAGAGUCACUUGUAUUACGAAGACAAAGAUAAAGUAAAUGAAGCUCUCAAAAGUCUCAAAACGCUUCCCGGCAGCAAAAUUCUCUUCUUUAAAAAUGGAAAAUGUGAAGGAGUUGCGUUCCAAGAUAUUUAUGCAGGAUGUUAUUAUCCAGCAAUUGCUCCAUUUAAAGGAGUGACAGUCAGUGCGAAUUUUGGACCUAAAUUCAAAUAUCCACAAGUAUUAAAGGAGUAUCAAGCAAAAGGCAUGCACGAACGCGCCGAAGAAUUCAUCUGCGAACAAGCCAUGGCUGACAUCAUGUAUUUCACAGAAAACGACGGAAAACUACGACUUGAUACGUUUUGUGCGUAAACCUCUUUUAAUUAAUAACAAUAAUCAUAAGUUUUAAAAUACAACUUUU